UUAAAAAGAAGCCAUCAUUUCCCUCCAAUUCCGCACGCAUUCUUUUGAUUUUUCUUAUUGCCAUCUUCUUCAUUACUCUGCACUACUCUUCAAUAUUAUAAAAAAGAAAAGAUCAAAAAGAAGAAAACAAGAGAAAAAGAAGGUUCUCCGUGAAAAUCGACUCUGCAAUGUCAAAUUUUGUUUACAAAACCAGGGAGUGUUACAGGUUAAUUAAACAUGGGAUCUGGAACACAAACUUUCCAACACCGCUUGCUGUCUGUGAAAUUGUGGCCACCUAGUCAUAGCACGAGGCUAAUGCUUGUAGAGCGGAUGACGAAGAAUCUUACUACUCCAUCCAUUUUCUCUAGAAAUUGUGGCAUAUUAAGUAAUGAUGAGGCCGAGGAGGAUGCCAAGAAAAUGGAAGAGUUAGCUUUUGCUGCUGCGGAUCAACAUUACAAGAAGGAGCCUGAUGGUGAUGGAAGUUCUGCAGUGCAAAUAUAUGCCAAAGAAUCCAGUAGACUGGUGCUGGAAGUUAUUAAAAGAGGCCCAAAAGUUAAUGGAGGGUUGGCAGAUAGAGCUACUGAUCUUCGUGGAACCGUUUUUGAUAUAUCAGGAGGUCGCCGGGCAUUUAUAGGGGCAGAGGAGGCUAAGGAACUAUUGAGACCACUGGGAGAGGCAGGAAAUUCCUAUACUAAGAUAUGUUUUAGCAACAGAAGUUUUGGUUUAGAUGCUGCAAAUGUUGCUGCACCUAUCUUAUCAACCAUUAAAGAUCAGUUGACAGAGGUAGACCUUUCGGAUUUUAUUGCAGGAAGGCCAGAGUCGGAAGCUCUCGAUGUUAUGAACAUUUUUUCUUCAGUCCUGGAAGGUUGUCACUUGAGGUACCUGAAUCUUUCAAACAAUGCCUUGGGUGAAAAAGGCGUCCGGGCAUUUGGGGCACUUCUAAAGUCACAGAAUAGUUUACAGGAACUUUAUUUGAUGAACGAUGGUAUAUCGGAAGAAGCUGCACGAGCGGUUUCCGAGCUAAUUCCUUCUACUGAGAAACUGAAAGUACUUCAUUUUCAUAAUAACAUGACAGGGGAUGAAGGUGCGUUCACUAUCUCCGAGAUAGUGAAACGCUCCUGUUCAUUGGAGGAUUUCCGAUGUUCUUCUACAAGAGUUGGCCCGGAUGGUGGUCUGGCCUUAGCUGAAGCACUAAAGAGAUGCGCACAUUUAAAGAAACUUGAUCUACGUGACAACAUGUUUGGUGUUGAAGCUGGAGUUGCUUUGAGUAAAGCAAUCUCUCAAUUCACAGAUCUCACUGAGGUUUACCUCAGUUACUUGAACCUUGAAGAUGAAGGAACCGAGGCACUUGCCAAUGCUCUAAAACACUCUGCACCUUCACUUGAAGUUCUUGAAAUGGCUGGAAACGACAUUACAGCCAAAGGCACCGCUUCCUUAGCAGCCUGCAUCGCAUCGAAACAGUUCCUUACGAAAUUAAACUUAGCCGAGAAUGAACUUAAGGAUGAAGGAGCUAUUUUGAUUGCCAAUGCAUUAGGAGAGGAUCAUGGUCAGUUGAAUGAAGUUGAUAUGAGCACGAAUGCCAUUAGGCGAGCCGGUGGUAGACAUUUGGCUCAGGUGGUCGUGAAAAAACCCGGGUUCAAGUUGCUGAAUAUCAAUGGAAAUUUCAUAUCCGACGAAGGGAUAGAUGAGGUGAAGGAAAUAUUUAAAGGUUCCCUCGAUAUGCUGGGACCUUUGGACGAGAAUGAUCCAGAAGGAGAAGGUGAUGAGGAAGAGGAAGAUGAAGACGAGGAGGAGAAUGCAGAACAUGAGAAGGAAUUGGAAUCCAAGCUUAAGGAUCUCAAAAUCAACCCAUGAGAAGAGUUUGCUGGGAACUGGAUUCAUUUCAAGCUUUUCUAUUCCGUUUGCUUCAUGUUUUAUAUUUAAAAUUUAAUCCAAUACUUUUAAGUAAUUUAAUUAGGUUAAAACUAAUUUGUAUUCUUAUGCGAUGGAUGGAUCAUGUAUAUUAAAUUUAUAAUGUUUUUAUAAUAUUAAUUUUCUUUAAAAA